AUGGAGGCCCGCGCCACCGCCGCCCGAGAGCUGCUCCUGGCCGCGCUCGAGGACCUGAGCCAGGAGCAGCUCAAGCGCUUCUGCCACAAGCUGCGCGACGCGCCGCUGGACGGCCGCAGCAUCCCGCGGGGGCGGCUGGAGGGCGCGGACGCCGUGGACCUCGCCGAACAGCUCACCCAGUUCUACGGGCCAGAGCCCGCGCUGGACGUGGCCCGCAAGACCCUGAAGAGGGCGGACAUGCGCGACGUGGCGGCGCGACUCAAGGAGCAGCGGCUGCAGCGGCUCGGCCCCAGCUCCUCGGCGCUGCUCUCCGUGUCCGAGUACAAGAAGAAGUACCGAGAGCACGUACUGCAGCAGCACGCCAAGGUGAAGGAGAGGAACGCCCGCUCGGUGAAGAUCAACAAGCGCUUCACCAAGCUGCUCAUCGCGCCCCAGAGCGCCGCCCCGGGGCCCGAGGCGCUGGGGCCCGCGGAGGAGCCGGAGCCGGAGCGCGCUCGGCGCUCGGACACGCACACCUUCAACCGCCUGUUCAGCCGCGACGAGGAGGGCCAGCGGCCGCUGACCGUCGUGCUGCAGGGCCCGGCGGGCAUCGGCAAGACCAUGGCGGCCAAGAAAAUCUUGUACGACUGGGCGGCGGGCAAGCUGUACCACGGCCAGGUGGACUUCGCCUUCUUCAUGCCUUGCCGCGAGCUGCUGGAGCGACCGGGCACCGGCAGCCUGGCCGACCUGAUCCUGGACCAGUGCCCCGACCGCAGCGCGCCCGUGCGGCAGAUGCUGGCGCAGUCCGAGCGGCUGCUCUUCAUCCUGGACGGCGCGGAUGAACUGACGGCGCCGGGGCCCGCCGACGACGCGCCCUGCACGGACCCCUUCGAGGCCGCAGGCAGCGCGCGGGUGCUGGGCGGCCUGCUGAGCAAGGCGCUGCUGCCCAAUGCCCGCCUGCUGGUGACCACGCGCGCCUCGGCCCCGGGGAGGCUGCAGGGCCGCCUGCGCUCCCCGCAGUGCGCCGAGGUGCGCGGCUUCUCCGACAAGGACAAGAAGAAGUACUUCUACAAGUUCUUCCGGGACGAGUGGAGAGCGGAGCUAGCCUACCGCUUCGUGAAGGAGAAUGAGACGCUGUUCGCGCUGUGCUUCGUGCCCUUCGUGUGCUGGAUCGUGUGCACCGUUCUGCGCCAGCAGCUCGAGCUCGGCCAGGACCUGUCGCGCACCUCCAAGACCACCACGUCGGUGUACCUGCUUUUCAUCGCCAGCGUCCUGAGGUCGGCGCCCGCCGCCCACGGGCCCCGGGUGCAAGGCGAGCUGCGCAAGCUGUGCCGCCUGGCCCGCGAAGGCGUCCUCGGGCGCAGGGCGCAGUUCGCCGAGAGGGACCUGGAACGACUGGCGCUUCGCGGCUCCAAAGUUCAGACGCUGUUUCUCAGCAAGAAGGAGCUGUCGGGCGUGCUGGAGACCGAGGUCACCUACCAGUUCAUUGACCAGAGCUUCCAAGAGUUCUUCGCCGCGCUGUCCUACCUGCUGGAGGACGAGGAGGCUCCCGGGGCGCCAGCUCGCGGCGUGAGAACGCUGCUGCGGAGGGACGCGGAGCUGCGCCACCACCUCGCGCUCACCACGCGCUUCCUCUUCGGACUGCUGAGCGCGGAGCGCAUGCGCGACAUCGAGCGCCACUUUGGCUGCGUGGUUUCAGAGCGCGUGAAGCAGGACGUCCUGGCGUGGGUGCAGGACCAGGCCCAGGGCCGCCCCACGGCGGCGCCAGAGGGGCCUGAAGAGCCCGUGGAGGGCACUGAGGAGCCAGAGGAGGAGGCCGAGGAGCUCAACUACCCGCUGGAGCUGCUGUACUGCCUCUACGAGACGCAGGAGGGCGCCUUCGUGCGCCAGGCCUUGCGCGGCCUCCCCGAGCUGGUGCUGGAGCGAGUGCGCUUCAGCCGCAUGGACCUGGACGUCCUGAGCUACUGCGUCCGCUGCUGCCCUGCCGGACAGGCACUGCGGCUGGUGAGCUGCGGACUGGCCACUGCACGGGAGAAGAAAAAGAAGAAGAGCCUGAUGAAGCGGCUGCAAGGCAGCCUGGGCAGCAGCUCCUCUCAAGCCACCAGGGGAAGACCCCAGGCCUCUCCGCUGCGCCCACUCUGCGAGGCCAUGACUGACCAACAGUGUGGUCUGAAUAGCUUGACGUUGUGCCGCUGCAGACUGGCUGACUCGGUCUGCCGAGACCUCUCUGAGGCCCUGAGGGAGGCCCCCGCCCUGAUGGAGCUGGGCCUCCUCCACAACGGGCUCAGUGAGGCGGGCCUGCAUGUGCUGAGUGAGGGCCUGGCCUGGCCCCAGUGCCGGGUGCAGACGCUCAGGGUGCAGCAGCCUGGCCUCCAGGAAGCACUCCAGUACGUGGUGGGUGUGCUCCGGCACAGCCCGGCACUGGCCACCCUGGAUCUCAGCGGCUGCCAGCUGUCGGGACCCGUGGUGACCCACCUGUGUGCGGUCCUGCAGCAGCCAGGAUGCCGCCUGCAGACCCUCAGUCUGACCUCCGUGGAGCUGAGUGAGCAGUCACUGCAGGAGCUGCGGGCUGUGAGGACGGCAAAGCCGGGCCUGGUCAUCACACACCCUGCGCUGGACAGCCACCCCGAGCCUCCCGAGGGAUUCAGCAGUGCCCUCUGA